GCGGCGGGCGCUCGGCGGUCCCCAUGGCGCUGUGGCGCGGCUCGGCGUGCGCGGGCUUCGUGGCGCUGGCCGUGGGCUGCGUGUUGCUGCUGGAGCCGCAGCUGCCCGGCUCGGCGCUGCGCUCGCUCUGGGGCGCGCUGCAGCCGGCGCCCGCCCCGCCGGGACCCCGCUCCCCCGAGGGCCGGCUGGCGGCCGCCUGGGACGCGCUCGUAGUGCGGCCGGCCCGGCGCUGGCGCCGCGUGGCCGUGGGGGUCAACGCCUGUGUGGAUGUGGUGCUCUCGGGAGUGAAGCUCUUGCAGGCGCUGGGCCUCAGUCCCAGGCAGGGGAAGGACCACGCCAUCCUGCAUUCCCGCGCUGACCUGGAAGAGGCGUUCCUUCACUUCAUGGGCAAGGGAGCAGCUGCCGAGCGCUUCUUCGGCGACCAAGAAGCCUUCCACGCCAUAGCACAGGCGGCGUCCGCAUUCCCUGGAGCCCAGCACUAUGUAGGAGGGAAUGCAGCUUUAAUUGGACAGAAAUUUGCAGCCCACUCGGAUUUAAAGGUUCUUCUUUGUGGUCCAGUUGGUCCAAAACUGCACGAGCUUCUUGAUGACAAUGUUUUCGUUCCUCCAGAGUCAUUGCAAGAAGUAGAUGAGUUCCACCUCAUCUUAGAGUAUCAAGCAGGGGAGGAGUGGGGCCAGUUAAAAGCCCCCCAUGCCAACAGAUUCAUCUUCUCCCACGACCUCUCCAACGGGGCCAUGAACAUGCUGGAGGUGUUUGUGUCAAGCCUGGAGGAGUUCCGGCCCGACUUGGUGGUGCUCUCGGGACUGCACAUGAUGGAGGGACAGAGCCCGGAGCUCCAGAAGAAGCGGCUCUUGGAGGUGGUCGCCUCCCUCUCUGACAUCCCCACUGGCGUUCCGGUUCACCUGGAGCUGGCCAGCAUGACCAACCGGGAGCUCAUGAGCAGCAUCGUCCACCAGCAGGUCUUCCCGGCUGUGACCUCGCUUGGGCUGAAUGAGCAGGAGCUGCUAUUCCUCAGCCAGGCGGCGGGCGGCCCGCACUCUUCCCUCCCUGCCUGGCGCGGGCUCCCCGACGUGGGCAUGGUCAGCGACAUCCUGUUUUGGAUCCUGAAGGAGCAUGGCCGCAGCGGGAGCAGAGCCUCGGAGCUCACCAGGAUCCACUUCCACACCCUGGCCUACCACAUCCUGGCCACCGUGGACGGGCACUGGGCCAACCAGCGGGCGGCGGUGGCUGCGGGUGCACGCGUGGCGGGGACACAGGCCUGUGCCACGGAGACCCUGGACACGGGCAGAGUGUCUCUGCGGGCGCCCCACGAGUUCUUGACUUUCCAUUCAGGGCCGGGCUCCAAGGUCACCCUCGACCCCGACGAGCCGGUCGUGGAGUGGCACCGGGAGGGCAUAAGCUUCCACUUCACGCCCGUGCUGGUGUGUGCGGAUCCCGUCCGGACGGUGGGCCUGGGGGAUGCCAUCUCGGCUGAGGGACUCUACUAUUCCGAACUUCGCCCACCCGCAUAGGAAGGUGAAGGGGGGCAGCUUUCUCAGGAAGGAGAACUGGCCGGCUUAGAGUUCCAGGAAUGAAACAAUUUGGAAAAUAGGAUGAAGGACGGUGGGGCAGUUUGUAGAUCUACUUGAAAGAUAGCCAAAGAACUAAAAAAUAGCAGGUGAAACGGUGCCAGAUCCAUUCCAGCCUAUGGAUGUCGCAUACCAGUAUUUCCAGUUUUGAUCUAAAUGUAGGUCACUGGAUUCUCAUUGUUUUUUUUUGUUUUAUGUUUUUUUGGGGGGUUUUGUUUUUUUUCAUGUUGUAUGUUACAGGGGGAGUAACUCGCCCCCCAGUUUAGGCAGUGUCAGUAUUUUAAGUCACAAUUUUUUACAAUCAAGAGCAUGUCGACUGGAAACAGCACUUCCCUUGGCCGACCUGGAAGAGGGCCGUCCCCGACACUUUGGUUGCUUAGAGAGCCUGUUCAGCGUCAGCGUGACAGCACCUCAGGAGCACGCCUUCUCAGCCUCCUGUCACAUGUCACACUGAGCCACAAGCAAGGAGGAAAUCGUCCAUGUGCCUCACAGCCACUGCAGUGGGGGGGCCUUCAGGGUGCAGUUGUCCUGGCCGGCCUGCAGGGGGCACUGUUGGCUGAAGGCCAUUGUGCGGUCCAGCCCCACCUUCUGCGAGGGUAAGCUGGCAGCUAGAUCCUGCUUCCUGUGAUAGAAGAUUGAGCUUUGUUUGUUCCGAUGAUUUUGCAACUGGAAUAUGCUCCUGUGUGUACAACGGAUCAUGUGUGUUUACAUUGACACAUCACAUCUAUUAACAAUUUGACCUCAAAAGAGCCCCAGGAUCAUGAAUAAAUUCACCAUGUUCUGUAUUUAUUUUUUAUAAAUUAAGAUGACUUGUCAGUGUGCUUUUAAAAGAUUAAAAACCUCCAU